CUUUUCUCAUCUCUCUCUCCAAACUCACACAGAGCAGGGUACAAACCAAACCUCACCACUUCCCACCUGUGGUUAGGUGUGUAUACAUAUAGAGAGAUAGAAAACCAAUACAGAGAGAGAAGAUAGAGAGAGAGAGAGAGAGCGACACACACAGUCUCUCUCUGUAUAUAUAUACAUACAUAUAUAUCGCCGCCGACCGAUCGAUCAAUCGUCUCCGACACCAUCUCCGGCGUCUCCGUUUCUCUCUCCUCCAGAUUCAAACUCAACCCUCGCAUUUUCUCUCUCUAGAAUCGAUUGGUCCCAAAGUAAGUCUCUUUGUACUCUCUCUCUAUAUAUGCAUGAAAAUUGUAUUGCUGUAGAAUAAUAGAUGGGGCAUAAGAAGCGAAACGUCGCUCCUUCUCGCUCCUCCAAAGCAUCGGGUGCUCCUCCGCCGUCGCCGGUGGUUUCCAACGGCGGCGGCGGCGGUGGCUCAGUCUCCGAUGGUGUUGUGAGUUCAGUCGAGACCGAGCAAAACAACACGAAUUCGAAUUCAUCGAUUGAGAUACAACAACAACAACAACAACAACAACAGCAGCAGCAGCAGAGUAAGAUCGAAGCGUCUGUUGUUGAAUCGGACGCUUCGCCUUACACUGGAGUCAAGCUCGAAUGCGAGCGAGCUCUCACGGCACUCCGCCGAGGGAACCAUACGAAAGCCCUAAGGCUUAUGAAGGAGAUGUGUCUUAAACAUGAAAACUCGGCUCACUCGGCUUUGAUUCACCGAGUUCAAGGGACUGUCUGUGUUAAGGUUGCUUCGAUAAUCGAUGAUCCCAAUGCGAAACAGCGGCAUUUGAAGAAUGCAAUUGAGUCUGCUAGGAAAGCUGCUGUGUCUUCCCCCAACUCUAUUGAGUUUGCGCAUUUUUACGCCAAUUUGUUGUAUGAAGCGGCCAAUGAUGGGAAGGAGUAUGAAGAGGUGGUGCAGGAGUGCGAAAGGGCGUUGGCGAUUGAGAAUCCAGUUGAUCCGGCGAAGGAAAGCUUGCAGGAUGAGAGCCAGCAGAAGAUUUUGACAGCUGAUGCACGGAUUGCUCAUGUGCAGAAUGAGCUUCGGUCGUUAAUUCAAAAAUCGAAUAUAGCUUCUAUUUCAACUUGGAUGAAGAAUCUUGGAAAUGGGGAAGAGAAAUUUCGGUUAAUUCCUAUAAGGAGGGUUUCGGAGGACCCAAUGGAGGUCAGGUUGGUGCAAGCAAGACGGCCAAAUGAGAUCAAGAAAGCAACUAAGACGCCGGAAGAAAGAAGGAAAGAGAUUGAAGUUCGGGUGGCUGCUGCGAGGCUGUUGCAGCAGAAGUCAGAGGCAACCCAAUCACAAAAUGAUGAAAAUAAGGCUUUAGAUUCAUCAUCCGGGUCUGGUCAGAAAGCGGCUGAGCGACGGAAGUCUGGAAAUCUGAGGAAGAAUGCAUCAUCUGCAGAGAGAAGGGACUGGGUCCGCUCAUAUUGGAAUUCCAUGAGUUUGGAUAUGAAGAAAGACUUGAUCAGAAUUAGGAUUUCAGAACUUAAGGUCCAUUUCAGUUCCUCAAAGGAUAAUUUGGCGAAUGAAGUCCUAUCCGAAGCUAUAUCCUUCACUGAAGGCAACAGAACAUGGAAAUUCUGGAUGUGCUGCCGUUGCAGUGAGAAAUUUGCCGACUCUGAAUCUCACAUGCAGCAUGUUUUGCAAGAGCACAUGGGGAAUCUCUUACCCAAAAUGCAGUCGAUUUUGCCUCAAAAUGUUGACAAUGAAUGGAUUGAGAUGCUUCUUAACUGUUCAUGGAAACCAUUAGAUGUCAAUGCUUCAAUUAAAAUGCUUGAAAACCAGUUGAAACCCCAAGCGCCUGAGCUUGGUGAAUCAUACCAAAGGAAUUAUGCAGAGGAGUGUAAGGACUGCCUGACUAACAAUGAUUGCUCCGAAGAUGCAUGGGACUUGUCCCCUCAAAGGGAGAAAUUCGGGGAUAGUUGUAAUGGUGAUAUUGUGGAUUGCAAAAGCUUUGACAAGGUUUCUGAUAUUAGGUGGAGAGAAUGUGAUGUGAGUCAUGGUGGUAAGGCAUAUUUUCUUCCCGAUAGCUGGCCAUUGUCUGAUGAUUCUGAGCGUGCAAAGCUCCUUGAGAAAAUCCAUGCCACUUUCCAGGUGCUUAUUAGGCAUAAAUACCUUGCUGCAAGUCAUGUUCACAAGGUUAUACAAUAUUCCAUGGAUGAGCUGCAGGGUAUUGCUUCUGGUUCUCAGCUUCUCAACUAUGGUGUUGAACAAACACCUAUAUGCAUCUGCUUUUUGGGAGCUUCUGAGCUUAAGAAAGUCCUAAAAUACUUGCAGGAGUUAUCUCAUUCUUGUGGCAUAGGUAGAUAUUCUGAGAAAAGUAGUGCCAUUGACGAUUCCAACACUGGCACUCAAGGGGCUGAAAUCAUGGAGAAGAUAGUCCUCACUGAAGAUGCAUCCUGUCUCCUUUUGGAUGAGCAUUUCUUGCCUUGCAAUCUUACUUCCACCAUCUGCCAUGAAGUUGUUGCAGAUGAUGCAGCUGCACCAACUUCCACUAAUGUUGGCUGUGAAAAUUCAGUUAUACUUGAUGCCGAUGCUUUGUUGUCCUGGAUAUUCACAGGUCCUACAGCUGGGGAACAAUUGGCUUUGUGGACAAGGAUAAGAGAAGAGAAAUCACAUCAAGGGAUGGAAAUUCUCCAAACGCUUGAGAAGGAUUUUUACCAUCUACAGAGCAUGUAUGAGAGAAAAUGUGAGCACUUGAGCUAUGAGGAAGCAUUGCAGUCAGUGGAGGAUCUUUGUCUCGAAGAAGGAAAGAAAAGGGAGCAUGUCACAGAAUUUGUUCGUCGAAGUUACGAGUCUGUCUUAAGAAAGCGGCGAGAAGAGCUUAUUGAAAGUGACAAUGACAUUAUGUUUAUUAGCAACAGGUUUGAGUUGGAUGCAAUAUCACAUGUUCUGAAAGAAGCAGAAAGUCUGAAUGCCAAUCAGUUAGGAUUUGAGGAAACUUAUAGUGGUGUGACUAAUCAACUAUGUGACUUGGAAUCUGGUGAAGAUGAUGAUUGGAGAAUGAAGGACUAUCUGCAUCAGGUGGACUCUUGCAUAGAAGUCGCAAUCCAGAGGCAGAAAGAACAGUUGGCCACAGAGCUCAGCAAACUUGAUGCGAAAAUGAUGCGGAAUCUUACUGGGAUGCAGCAGAUGGAAGCUAAACUUGAUCCAGUAUCAGCUUUUGAUUAUCGGUCAAUACUAGUACCUCUUGUGAAGUCUUUUAUGCGGGCACGAUUAGAGGAUCUGGCUGAAAAAGAUGCCACUGAGAAGUCUGAUGCUGCAAGAGAAGCAUUUUUAGCAGAACUUGCACUCGACUCCAAAAAAGGCACUGGUGGGGGGAGUGAUAAUUCGAGAAAUGUACAAGAGAAGAUGAGGGAUAAGAAAAAGAACAAGGAAAACAGAAAAACCAAGGAUUUGAAGGCUACUGGUACUGAUGAGCUUGUUCUUCACCAUGAGACUACAGAACAGGGCUCCUUUCCAGUUGCAUCCGAUGUAGACUAUCCAGAUUCUGAAAUUGUUUUGUCUGUAAGUGGUGAUGCCUUAAAACAGCAGGAAGAGGAGAUUAGACGUAGGAUUGAACUUGAAGCAGAGGAAAGAAAGCUUGAAGAAACUCUGGAGUAUCAGAGACGAAUUGAAGAGGAGGCUAAACAGAAGCACCUUGCUGAACAAAAUAAGAAACCUACAACAACAAUUCCAGACAAGCACAGCGAUGAUGAUCAAGAUAGGCACGCGCAAUUGAAACAUUGUAAGAAGGAACCUUUGACCCAGCAAAAUGGAUUCCCAAAUGUUUUAGAAGGUGCUCUGGUGAAUGCUGCUGAUAGAUCUGUGCAAAGGAUUGGUAAUACUCACAGUCACCUUCAUACAUAUGUUAAGCAAGGCUUACCUAAUGGAGGAAUUUCGGAGGAUGGUGCUUUGUCUUCUGAUCGGCGGACAGGAAGGAAAGGUAGACGUCAGAGGAGUUCCUCUAAGUUGGUUGAUGCAAAGUAUCAAGCUGUAUCAUCUGAGAAGGAAAAUAUUGAAGCUGGACAAGUUAGAGUUAAGGAUGGUCCGCAUGGUGACAGCAAUAAUCCUUGUGUGGGUGACAAUGGAACAAAGACGUUAAGACAGUUACGAGCGGAGGAGGAUGAUGAAGAAAGGUUCCAAGCUGACAUUAAAAAAGCUGUACGCCAAAGCCUUGACGCAUUUCAGGCACAUAAAAAAGUGCCCUUGAUCUCAAGUUCAAGGAUGUCACAAAAGAUAUCUUCUGACAUGGAUAACUUGGAUGUUGCACUUAAUGAAGUCACACUUGAAAAUGUGAAUGGAGCAGAUGUAUAUGGCACUGGCCUGAAGAAUGAAGUUGGUGAAUACAACUGUUUUCUAAAUGUUAUCAUACAGUCCUUAUGGCACUUGAGACGGUUUCGAGAUGAAUUCAUGGGGAGAUCAACAUCAGAGCAUCAUCAUGUUGGAGAUCCUUGUGUUACCUGUGCUCUGUAUGAUAUUUUUACUGCCCUAAGUGUGGCAUCUACAGACAUGCGAAGAGAGGCUGUGGCCCCUACCUCUCUGAGGAUUGCUCUAAGCAACAUGUAUCCAGAUGAUAAUUUCUUCCAGGAGGCUCAGAUGAAUGAUGCUUCUGAGGUGUUGGGAGUAAUAUUUGACUGCCUUCAUAGUUCAUUUACAUCUGGUUUGGGUGUUUCUGAUACUGAAUCAGUCGAAAGCAAUUACAAAGGCUCCUGGGAUUGUACAAACACUGCUUGUGUUGCACAUUCUCUUUUUGGGAUGGACAUUUUUGAAAGGAUGAAUUGCUACAAUUGUGGUUUGGAGUCUAGACACAUGAAGUACACUUCUUUCUUUCAUAAUAUUAAUGCCAGUGCCCUCCGAACAAUGAAGGUAAUGUGUGCAGAGAACUCCUUUGAUGAGCUUUUACACCUUGUAGAGAUGAAUCACCAGCUUGCUUGUGACACUGAGGCUGGUGGUUGUGGGAAGCAUAACCAUAUCCAUCAUAUUCUUUCAACUUCACCGCAUGUUUUCACAACAGUUAUGGGUUGGCAGAAUACUUGUGAGAGUGCCGAGGACAUAGCAUCAACAUUGGCUGCUCUAGAUACUGAAAUAGAUAUUGGUGUUCUUUAUCGUGGGCUUGAUCCAAAGAACAAACACUCCUUGGUUUCAGUGGUUUGCUAUUACGGGCAACAUUAUUAUUGUUUCGCCUACAGUCAUGAUCAUGAACGCUGGGUAAUGUACGACGACAAAACUGUCAAGGUAAUCGGCGGCUGGGACAAUGUUCUCACCAAGUGUGAGAAGGGAAAGUUGCAACCUCAGGUUCUUUUCUUCGAAGCUGUAAACUAGUUUUUAAGUGGAAUUCAUCACAUUGUUUGGUGCUCUUGGAGCUUCGGCUUUAACCUUGGCAUUCAUUUGCUGCACCCGAUGUUGAUUGAGAAGUCAUAAAAUUUUGGUAUGAAAUCAGAACAGUGAUAUAUAAAUCAGUUCUUUUAGAGGUUUUGUAGGAACAACUGGUUUUUUCAGAGAGAGAGAGAUGGAAAAAGUUUUGGUUUAGAAUGAAGAAAUUUUAUGAGCUGAUUGAAGAUCCUAAGUGUAGGUUUUUGGUACUGUUGAUGAUUUCCAAAUACUACCCGUAUCAGCAGAUAUGAGACUCUUGUCAAAUGGAAUUAUCUCGUAUUUUCUUGUGUCUUUACAAUAAAUGGUGGUUUGGUUGGAGAAGUAAAAGAGCGGUGACCACUGGAUUCAUCAUUUGAGCAUGCGAUGCUGAAUUCUCAAUGGCAAUGAUUUCCAGUCGCUAUCGGAAGCAUACAAUAGUUGUACACAGGGAAUACUAGUCAUUUAGUAUCACCAAGUCUGAUAGAUUGCUUUUUUUAUUUUUAUUUUCCUGGGUUCUUCUAUAUAAUGAGGUUUUGUAUAGAUAACAUCACCUUACUGUAUUUUUCCUUUAUUAUUAUUAUUUUUUUAUAUUUUAUUUUCAUCUCUCUUUUGGGUAGGUUAAGUGUUUUGAGAACUAGCAUACCAUGAUGAUGCUAAUUGGAGAAAUGAGAUUUUUUUUUUUUCUUGCUUUUUAUGCCUGUAGAAUAUUUUUUUUCAGCAUUUCCUUCUUGUUUUGGGCAUGUAUAGAAAAUCUUUGUAUUAAUGUUCAACAAUUAUUGGGAAAUCAGAAAGGCAACAAUUAUCCUGCGUGA